GCUGGCAAUACUGAACAUUUCUUGUCAAAUGAUUUCAGUCCACUUGCUAUCGCAAGAAGCGGUCUAGUGCGAAACAAAGUGAAAUGGCUUCCUUGUGUCGACAAAUUAUUAGGGCAAAUGCUCUCAAAAGUGCUCUUUUAUCCACCGCUCGUCGGGGAUAUGCCGAUAAAAUGAUGCCCGACCCCCUGGAGCACGCCACUGGUCUAGAGAGGAGAGAGCUGCUGGCCCUAGAGUCUGGCAAUGACGAUCCUUUCAACCUAAAGGUCCUGAAGAAGGCUGCGGGCACACGCGACAACCCCACCCUAGUGCCCUCAUCCUUUGAUGCCAGAAUUGUUGGUUGCAUUUGCGAGGAACACGCUACAUCAGUCACCUGGCUUUGGGUACAUAAGGGUCAUCCCCGUCGCUGUGAGUGCGGACACUGGUACAAGUUAAUCGAGAAGGCACCAUUGUAAAUUGUUUUGAUUUAGUUUUACAAUUAGUAGUGACUACUGGCUAACGCAUCCACAAUGUUCCACAGAUUAUAUAAUAAUAAACAAUAAAACUAUGGUUCAGAUGCGUUAAAAGAACUAAAACAUCAUUAAAUAUUUAUAAGCCUAUCAUUAUCAGUGUUUUAUUGUUACCUAUUGCUGCCGUGUUGUGUUGUAAGGAGUUAUUUUAAUGUAGAUAAUUAAUUAAAGGUGUCUUAA